UUAGGUAUUCACCGACUCCACCUUUUUAAAAACUUGAGUCAUUUUUUAUAACAUUAGAUUAGUCAAAUCUCUUAUCUGCAAUUAAAUUUUAUAUAAAAAAUGGCUAAAAAUACAUCUAGUUCUGCAUUUCGAAAAAUAGAUGUAGAUCAAUAUAAUGAAGACAAUUUUAAGGAAGAAGAACCAGAGUCAGCACAAAUAGGACCUGAUGAAAAUGAAAUUAAUACAUUUCUUAACCAGGGAAGGAAUAUUGAUGCAUUAAAAAGUGUUCUUCAAAAUGCACCCUUAGGUUGCAAAAGUCAACAAGUUAAAGAUGCCGCCUUAAAUUUAACAUUAAGAGUUCUUCUAUCUAUCAAAUCUUCACAAAUUGAGGAAGCCGUUUCUGCAUUAGAUAUAGCAUUAAUAGAUAUUUUAAUGAAAUAUGUAUAUAGAGGUUUUGAAAUACCAUCAGAAGGAUCAAGUGGACAUUUAUUACAAUGGCAUGAAAGGGCAUAUGCAAUUGGCGGAGUAGGAAGCAUUAUAAGAGUACUUUCUGAUACAAAAAGAGCAUAAAUAAUUGUGGGUUAAAUCUACAUAGAUACAAUCAAUGUGAUGCUGAUAAAUAUUUUGAACCAUUGAUUUUUUUUUUAAAUUUAUUUAUUGAAGAAUACACUACAUGCAUAAUCUUAAUUUAUUGCAUUUAGUUCACGUGGAAGCUCAAGAUUUUGUAAUAACAAAUAUA